GAAACCCAAUAAACUUCAUCAAGUGAUAUAUUGUCUGCUUCAGGAUUAGGGUUUGCGUUGCGAGUUUCUGUGGAGAACGGAGCGCAGCGAGCACAGCUACAAGGUCGACAACCAUGGUUCUCAAGACGGAGCUCUGUCGUUUCAGUGGUGCGAAGAUAUACCCCGGAAGAGGCAUCAGGUUUAUCCGAUCCGACUCUCAGGUUUUCCUCUUUGCUAACUCAAAAUGCAAGAGGUAUUUCCACAAUCGCCUGAGGCCUGCGAAGCUCACAUGGACAGCUGUGUACCGUAAACAGCAUAAGAAGGAUAUUGCUGCUGAGGCUGUUAAAAAGAGGCGCAGAACUACCAAGAAACCUUAUUCGAGGUCCAUUGUUGGUGCCACAUUGGAAGUUAUUCAGAAGAAGAGAUCUGAGAAGCCAGAGACUCGUGAUGCUGCCCGCGAAGCUGCUCUGCGUGAAAUCAAGGAGAGAAUCAAGAAAACAAAGGAUGAGAAGAAAGCUAAGAAAGCCGAGGUGUUGUCCAAGCAGAAAGUUACCAAGAGCAGUGCACCCAAAGGUGCAAUGCCCAAGGGCCCUAAGCUCGGCGGUGGAGGCGGAAAGCGGUGAUUUCCUUGCCUGUUGAAUCUGUUAGUCUACUUUAAAUUUGAACCCUAUAUGAAUAGAUGUUUAUCUAUUCCUUUUAUUUUUGGUCUGAAUCGAUUGUUGACAUGAUAACGUUUUUGUUUCACUUCCAUGCUUUAUCCUAUGAGACUGUUUCUGUAAGAAAUCGGUUUUUCAUUAGAAAUACCAGUUAUAUAACAACCUUA